AUGCCAAAAUAUGGAUUUAGUGGAGGAAUAUUAUCAUACCUAUUCUUUUCUAUACCUGGAUUUAUUGUUUGCUUGGUUUUGGGUCUAUCAAUGUAUGAUUAUGAUAGCUCAACUGCUCCUCAAUGGUUUAUUCAUGCCCAGAAAGGAUUGGCAUGUUCUGGCAUUGCAUUUGCUUUGCAAUCCAUGUCCAGAUUCUCAAGUAUGUUAGAUAAUGAAAAGAAAAAGAAAGGGCAACCCAAGAAGGAGAAGAAACCUGAAAUGUUUCCCUAUAUUUUAUUGACCAUUGUUGCUAUGGUAACCUUACUCUAUAGAAAGACAUGGCUCUUGCCUGUACUUUUAGUAAUUGGAGCUAUUUUAUCGAUACUUUAUUGUGAAGUGAGAGAUCGAUCAAAGAAGAGAAUUGAGGAAUUUGGAUUAUUUGAGAAAAUUGGAGCUAAAAGUUAUGGAGAUUUGAAGUUUAGACAAAAACUCACAUUUUUCAAACUAUUCUUCCAAUCAUUUAUUCCAAAAUAUGCAAGGCAAAUGAGAGAAAUUGAAUUAUUAGAAGAGAGGAAAGAAGAGGAACCUGCUGAAAUUGAUGCGAAUCCAUUCGCCAAAAUGGCCUCAAUCAAACUUGGCGUAUUCUUGUUCAUUCUCUUUUUUAUCCUUCUUGGUUGUCUUAUUGGAGCAGCUCUGAUUGUGGAAUCAACCUCUCCAACUGUUAAACUCUCGAAUCAAGUAGAAAAGAGAAAGAUUAAUUUAUGGACAGAGUGGAUUAUCAUGUCAUCAUUCUUUUUCAAGUCAGGUUCAUUGAUUUUUAAUGGAGCUGUUGUCAAUGUGGUCAUCAUUCGAGAUGAAAUGAUUGAAAGAGGUUGGAUAACACCUGAACAAUUUAUUAAUGGCUACUCUCUCACAAAUGCAGCUCCUGGACCUCGAUUCAAUUUGGGUUUUUAUUUUGGUUCAGUUGUUGCUGGUAAUCUUUUAAAUUCUAACUAUACCAGUUCACUCUACAAGGAUGUUACCAACUCUACAAUUAGUUUUGAUGAAAUUUCUAACAAUAAUUUUAUUGGAUUUUCAAAUAAUGAGACUCUCAAUAGCUCAGUAGAAGAAUCAUCCGUUUCACCAUUUACCAAAUUCAUUAUUGUCAUUAUCUAUAGUAUGAUUGCUGGUAUUUCAUUCCAUGCUCCAGGUUUUCUACUCAUUUUGGGAAUAGUGCCACUGUGGGGAUCUUUAAGAAGUAAGCCAAUCGUACAAAAAGCUAUGAAUGGAAUUAAUGCUGUUUGUGUUGGCUAUUUAAUUAACAAUAUUGUAAUUUUGUGGAUUUCUGUUGUUGGACUCAGUGUUCCUCUAGCUGCUGUUUCAAUAUUAGGAUUUGCAUUGGUAAAUUGGAUUGAUUUCUGGCAUCCAUUGGUUGUAUUUGUGGGAGCUAUUGCAGCUGUCCUUAUUGGAUUAAUUGUUCCAAUUUAA